AUGGGUCUACCUCCGUACACCGGGCCUUUCAAGGUCGGCGUGCUCGAUCUCGAGAUCCCUGUUAGAAAGCCACGGAGCUUCUGCGACAAUGUGGUGGAGCCGGGCGAGCUCAACAAACCCGCUCGUAAGGCGCGGCGUAGGGCAAAACAGCAAAAUCAAGAGGCCAAACAGAGCCGACGGGACAAGCAAGGCCGCGAUGAGAAACUUGCGGAUUCGGCAGAGCCAAAGCAGAAGCCAGGUGGGACGGGAAAAGCUACAACAAGCUCUCGUUCGCGACCGGAGGCACAGACUGCGACGAGCACCGAAAGUCAAAGCGCGAAUGCGUCUGCAGCGCAAGCAAGCGGCCAUGCCCAAGACGAAGACUCGUGCCAAGAGAAGGACGAGUCCGCCUCCAAGCUACCCUGGUCGCCGUGGUCUAGCGGGUCAAAAACAUGCACGCUUCAUCUCGAGACAGUGCUGUUCACGAUCUACUACCCGACGCUCCCCAUGACCGCGAGCGAGGAGAAGCGAUACCCUCGGGCCGCCUGGCUCGGCCGCCCCGUGCACGCUGGUGUGCGUGCGCUGCUGCAGUACGUAGGCCAGUACGGCCUCUUUGCCAUCCCUGCGAGCCCGGCGGUGAUGACGCUCAUCAAUGCACGUCUGCCUGCGCGCGUCGGUCCACCGCUCGCUGAUCCGGAAGAGCUGCACAGACAGGCGCAUCCCGACCGCCAAGGCACGGACCGCGCCAAGGCGGGCAACUUUGGCAAGAGACCCCCGCAGUUCCCUGUCGUCGUCUUCUCGCACGGUCUGGCGGGUAAUCGACUGAGCUACUCGCAGUUCUGCGGCGAGUUGGCCAGCCAAGGCAUCAUCGUAGCUGCCAUCGAGCACCGCGACGGCUCGGGCGUGAGCAGCAUCGUGCGAGGCGAAGAGGCUCCCAACCAAGCCGGAAAAAGCGCCUCCCUACCAAAGAUCAUCGGACAUCCCUCAUCAGGCCGCAUGAAAGCGUCGGUUCCAUACUUUACAUUCGAGACAAUAGGGUUACAGUCGUUUGCUACCGAGCCGUCGGAGCGCGAGGUGGAUCUGCGAAGGGACCAGAUCGAGAUGCGGCAUGCCGAGAUCGAAGAGACGCUCUACGUCCUCAACGAGAUCAACGAAGGCCGCGGAUACGAGAUCGUCCAGCGAUCUACGCGAAAUUUGGGUACGAAGCUUGCGGGCCACUCGGCAUCGGCGACGAACGCGCGGCUGCCGGGCAAUAGUAUCUUGAAGGCGGAGCGUCCGCUGGAGGAUUGGAGGGGCAAGUUGGAUCUCGAGUUCCCGACGCUUUGCGGCCACUCGUUUGGUGGUGCGACGGUGUUGGAGUUGAUGCGCAAGCCGAACCCGUUUCCCAUGGCGAUUGUCUUAGAUCCCUGGGUCGAGCCAGUACGCGAUCCAGCCAAGGAAGAAGACGAGGUCAAAGGACGAAUCGGCAAGCCCGUCUACGUCCUGAAUUCCGAGUCCUUUACUGUAUGGGAGGAGCAUUUCGACAAGCUCAAGCGGAUCUGCCUGGAUGCGCGCAAGACGUCGUCGAGGGGAUGGCUGUUGACGCUGACGGGGAGCAAGCACACGGACUUCUCCGACUAUCCCUUCUUGCUGCCAAAGAUGUUCCGGUCGACGGUGGGGCCAAGACAUACGAUCGAGGUGUUCAGCAAGGCGACUUAUAUGCAGAUGGGCCUGUCGCGUCAGCGUGCUCGAGAGUCGCACAACAAGCCAGGCUACAAAGUGGAUCGCCAGGGCUCGCUGCGCGACGAUGCCCCACGCUCGCACCGAACGCGUGCCGUCGAUGUUGGAGGCUCUGCGCCAUCGACGGAAGUGACGGUAUCCCCAACAAAGUACGAGGCGCCGGCGUCUCGAGUUUCGGAUAGCAUGGUCGGCGCAGCGGCGGACCAUCAAAAUGGGCUGGGACAGCGUGGGAAAGGUAAUGCGUUGAAUAGCGCGCAAGACACUUUGACCACUGCAAACGGACAAGAUCGAGACGUCAAUGUCAACGUCAACGCCGACGCCAACGCCGUUCAUGAGGCAGCCACGUCGGGAUUCGAACGCAGUGGCUUGCGACAAGCCGAAUCUGGCAACCAGACCGAAUCUGGACCGUGCAGCUGCCAAGAGUUGGCCGAAGAGAGCAAGAAUGACCGUGCUGCCGGGGGCCAAGAAGCGCGAGACAUUGUGGGCGCGCGACACCGCGAGGUCAGCAGCACCCAAGCGGCCACCGACACAAGCACGAACGGCAGGGCGAGGGACUUCAUCACGGACCUUCGGUAUCUCGACAUGAUCGAUGCAGACCAAGACGUGCAGCAGGUGCACGAGGCGCUGGAAGAUAUCAGCCAGCGACUGGCGCACAAACAUCUGUCGGAUCUGAGAGAUGGCAACUCGAUGCUGACGCUCGUAUCGCCCUUUCUUGUUCAUGUCUUCACAGGAACUACACGGCCUCGCUCUUUGAUGUCCAUCUUCAUGUAUUACAACGGUCUGCGGCCGGGUCUGGAGCGACCAGGUAAAGUGCUUAUCCACCAGCUCGACUCGUCGCAUCCACCCAAGUAG